AUGGAGAAGGAUUAUUUAAGGUUCAUGGAGACAAUGUUAACUAAGGGUCACGCAACACCAGUGCCACCAGAGGAACGACAAGGGAAGAGUGGUCGCGUUUGGUACCUGCCACACUUUGGAGUGUACCACCCCAAGAAGCCGACGAAAGUACGUGUGGUGUUCGAUGCUUCAGCAGAAUUUGAUGGAGUAUCGUUAAACAAAGUUCUGUUACCCGGCCCUGAUCUUGUGAACAGUUUGCUUGGUGUCCUGAUUCGCUUUCGCAGAGAAAGAGUGGGAGUAAUGUGCGACAUCGAGCAGAUGUUUUAUUCCUUCUUCGUCAGUCCUGAGCAUCGUGACUACCUACGAUUCCUCUGGUACCAAGACAACGACCCCCAGAGGCCAGUGAUUGAGUAUCGCAUGAAUGUCCAUCUUUUCGGAAACGGACCCAGCCCAGCAGUGGCCACGUUCGGGUUACGAAAAACCGCUUCAGACGAAAAGCAUGGCAAAGGAGUUAAGGACUUUGUGCACCGUAACUUCUACGUUGACGAUGGCCUCGCAGCUGUUCCCACUGCAGAAGAAGCUGUCAACCUCAUCACCAGCACACAAGAUGCCCUAGCAACCUCGAAUCUAAGGCUGCACAAAGUUGUCUCCAACUCGGUCGAUGUCAUGGAAGCUUUUCCGAUAGAAGACAGAGCGACAGGCGUACGCGAUCUAGAUCUUCGACGAGAUGCCCUUCCAGCCCAAAGAUCCCUUGGUGUCUAUUGGAACCUGGAGAACGACACGUUCACGUUUCAGGUGACCCUUCCACCUAAACCAUUCACUCGCAGAGGAGUUCUCUCCAUGAUCAACAGCGUAUACGACCCCCUCGGAAUGGCAGCGCCGGCCAUGUUGGAAGGAAGAAAACUACUCCAGCAGCUGAUAGCUACUAGCAAAGGUCCUAAUGGGAAAACCCCCCUUGGAUGGGACGACCCACUUCCCGAGAACAUAAUGAACCGUUGGCAGUGCUGGAAAGACUCCCUACAAGACCUUGAGCGCGUCUCAGUUCCCAGAUGCUACCGCCCAAAAGAGUUUGGCCCAAUGGCAAGAGCAGAGCUGCAUGGGUUCUCAGACGCAAGUCAGGACGCAAUCGGAGCAUCAGUAUAUCUCAAGCUUUGGAAUGAGCAAGAAGCAGUGUCUGUAUCGUUCGUCUAUGGUCAAGCUAGAUUGGUGCCGACCCAUCCUGUCAGUAUACCACGCUUGGAGUUAUGCGGAGCAGUCUUGUUGGUCGAGGCAGUGCAAAGGAUAUUGAAAGAAAUUGACAUUGAAAUUACCCAAGUCAUAUACUACACUGAUUCAAAGGUGGUCCUUGGCUACAUUACCAAUGAGAGCAAGCGUUUCUACGUCUAUGUUGCAAAUAGAGUCCAGCUGAUACGAAGUCUGUCAUCGCCAGACCAGUGGAGAUAUAUCGAGAAUGAACGCAACCCAGCGGACCUUGCGACACGCGGCGUCAAACCCAGCAAACUGAUGGAGUCAACCUGGCUAACGGGGCCAGAAUUCCUAGAAAUCACAGACAGUGUCUAUCUUCCGAACGAGAUUGAGGUUCCGAGUGAGAAUGAUCCUGAGGUACGAAAGGAAGUCACAAAGACAACUGAAGUGAACAGGGAUAGCAACGCCGAAGGAUUGGGGGCGAAAAGGUUUGAGCGAUUCUCGAGUCUCUCGUCGCUCCAGCGUGCGAUUGCAACCCUCAUACUCAAAGUAAGAAGGUUCAAGCAACGAAGAAACCCACUCCAAACGAACCAAACCGUGACGGAUAAGGACGCACUGCAACACCCGAGUACGGAGAUGUUGACGCAGGCGAUGGCGGUGAUAGUUCAUACAACACAAAGGGAGAAAUUCAGCCAGGAGCUGCAACAGCUACAGCGAUCACCAACGAAUCAAGACUCGAGGCAACGCGAAGAAAUCGUCACAGAUAAAAAGUCUCAAAGAAGCACUCGCCUAUACCGACUUGACCCAUUCGUAGAUAGCAAUGGAAUACUCCGCGUUGGCGGACGUCUGCGGCGAGUGGAGUUCGAGUUAGGAGAGAAACACCCCAUCAUCUUGCCACGCAACGACCACGUAUCCAACCUGGUAGUACGACACCACCACAGUAAAGUGCAUCAUCAAGGGAGGUCCAUCACCCGAGGCGCGGUUCGCCAAGCUGGCUACUGGAUAGUUGGAGGAUACCGAGUUGUAUCGAAAGAAAUACAUUCCUGCGUGACCUGCAAAAAAUUACGGGGCCGACCUUUAGAGCAGCAGAUGGCCGACCUACCUGCAGACAGAAUGGAGGUUGGACCCCCCUUCACCAACGUCGGGUUUGACGUGUUCGGUCCAUGGGAAGUACAUACGAGGAAAACUAGAGGCGGUGCGGCCAAGUCGAAGCGUUGGGGUCUGGUAUUCACCUGUCUUGCAAGCAGAGCGAUACAUAUCGAGCUCCUAGAGUCCAUGGAUGCAAGUGCCUUCAUCUGUGCUCUCAGGCGCUUCUUCGCACUACGAGGCCAGGCGGCACUACUUCGUUGCGAUCGAGGGACGAACUUCAUCGGAGGGAAAUCGGAGUUAGAGGAUGCUUUCAACGAUAUGAAGCUUGGAAAGAUCGAAAGGUUCGUGACAGAACAAGGUUGCAAGUGGGAACUAAAUCCGCCGCACGCAUCCCACUUCGGCGGCGUAUGGGAAAGGCAGAUCGGGACCAUUCGUCGCGUUUUGGAGGGCAUGUUCGUUGAACUCGGCAAGGCUCAGCUAACCCACAAGCUCUUGUCAACCUUGAUGGCGGAGGUAACAGGAAUUGUCAAUGCUCAGCCGCUAACCGCUAUACCAACGGACGUUGACGAUCCACAGCCUCUAUCACCCGCUAUGUUGAUUACCAUGAAGACCCGUCCUUUAGGUCCUCCACCUGGCAACUUCCUACCUACGGAUUUGUACGCACAACGUCAGUGGAAGCGGGUACAGUACCUCGCAGACCAGUUCUGGCUGAGAUGGCGUCGAGAGUACCUCCAAUCUCUUCAGUCAAGGAAAAAGUGGAACCAGCCGCAGAGAGAUCUCAUCGAAGGAGACAUCGUACUAAUGAAGGAUGGAGAAUAUCGUAAUGAUUGGCCCCUCGGACGAGUGACGGACGCCGUAAAAAGUGAAGACGGAAAGGUGAGAAAAGCGUACAUCGCGAUCGAGAGAGACGGCCAGAAAAAAGUCAUGUUUCGCCCCAUUAAGGAGCUGAUUCUUCUCAUUCCUGCAGAUAAAGUUAAAGACGGUGAAAAGUAG